UUUGCUUCCUCUUUACCUCCACCUUCUUCCUUUACCUCCGACAUCAAGCGGGACUUAUUUGGUUAAAGCACCAGAGGGCAAUGGUCCUCAGGGGGAGGCUGGUCCUGGGACUGCACACCUUGAUGACCCUCCUGAGCCUCCAGGAAGUUGGGGCCAUCAAGGCUGACCACAUGGGCUCCUAUGGACCAGCCUUCUACCAGUCCUAUGAUGGUGCAGGUCAGUUCACGUAUGAUUUUGAUGGAGAACAGCUGUUCUCUGUGGAUCUGAAGAAGAGGGAGGCUGUGUGGCGUCUGCCUGAAUUUGGCAACUUCGCCUACUUUGACCCGCAGAGCGGGCUGGUCAGUAUCGCAAUGAUCAAAGCGCAUCUGGAGGACUUGGUGGAGCGCUCCAACGGCACCAGAGCCCCCAACGUGUCCCCCAGAGCGGCCGUGCUGCCCAAGUCUCGCGUGCAGCUGGGCGAGCCCAACGUCCUCAUCUGCAUCGUGGACAACAUCUUCCCCCCAGUCAUCAACAUCACCUGGCUGCGCAACGGCCAUCCUGUCACCCAGGGCGUGACCCAGAGCAGCUUCUACGCCCAGCCUGACCACUCAUUCCGGAAGUUCCACUACUUGACCUUUGUGCCCUUGGCGGACGACUUCUAUGACUGCAAGGUGGAGCACUGGGGCCUGGACCAGCCGCUCUUUCAGCACUGGGGUGAUGGCCCUUCUGAGAGAAGCAAGUGUGAGACGCCAUUCAGCUUCCUGGCAAGUUUCUUACGGCCCUUGCCUUCUCAGUGUGACUCCACCAAUUUCAUCAUGCUGACUUUGAAUGGGAUCAACCCUUGUCCUAUAGGUCUCCUCCUUUUUGGCCCCCAUACUCAUGGCAGGGACUUGUAGGGAACCAACGCGUUCCCUUUCCCAGCCCCAACACACACGCACACACACACACACACACUUUAUUGGUCUAUCCAAAGCCCUGGCCAGCAGCAGUAAAAUUUUAAACAAUGUUUGCACAGUGUCCAUCUUCCCAGGCCUCAGCCAAUUCUCUAAGGGUGUAAGGGACACUAGGGUGCCUCCCAGAUGGCUCAGUGGGUAAAGAAUCUGCCUGCUCUGCAGGAGAUAUGGGUUUGAUCCCUGGAUCGGGAAGAUCCCCUGGAGAAGGGCAUGGCAACCCACUUCAGUAUUCUUGCCUGGAGAACCCCAUGGACAGAGGAGCCUGGUGGGCUACAGUCUGUGGGGUCCCAAACAGUUGGAUAUGACUGAAGGGACUGAGCAUGCAUGCAAAGGACUCUAGGGUCUGGAAGAGGGGAUUUCUGGUGAUGGCCAUUGAGUGUGACAUGCUACUGGGGACUGGCAUUCAUUCAUGGGCCAAUCUAGCUAUGUCUUGCUUCAUUUGACUCAUCAGCGUGGGCCCCCUUGUGUGUCACUUGUGAAUGGACCAUUUCACAUGGACGUCAUGAAAUUUAUAUCCUGAAUUCAGAUUUGCCCACAAAGGGAUGCAGAGUAUUCUGUUCAUUGCAACUCCCCCAACCGAUGACAUUUCUGAAGGACACCAGGCAAGGGAACAUUCACGGAAACUUCACUCUUACUCAGAUUUACUGUCAUGAAGACGCCAAUGGUAUCCAGCUGUGACCUAGAUGCCAUCUCCUUUUCCUGCAUUUGCUAGCAUUCCAUGCAUGACAAAGAGAGGCCAAGGCUUGGGUAGGAUGGCCACAUCCUCCGUCUGAGGUCCAUCACAUCAGGUAGGAGGGUGGAGAGUAGUGAUCUACUACUUCUCAAGGUAUCUGUGAGAAGGGAGGUCUAGGAGAUAUCUCUCUGAAUCCUCUUUAAAUCUGUGGCCUAGGGCUUCCCAGGUGGUGCUAGUGAUAAAGAACGUGCCUGCCUAAUGCAGGAGACAUAAGAGACGCAGUUUCAGUUCCUGGCUCCGGAAGAUCCCCUGGAAGAGGUCAUGGCGACCCACUUCAGUGUUCUUGCCUGGAGAAUCCCAUGGACAGAGGGGCUUGGCAGGCUGUGGUCCACAGGGUCACAAAGAGUCGGACAUGACUGAAGUGACACCACGCAUGCAGAAGGUUUUAGUUUACUGUGAACAAAAUUUAAAGUACACCCAAAGCAAUGACCAGCUCUACAAAGUAGUUUAUGAAGUGAAGUGAAAGUUGCUCCAUUGUGUCCGUCUCUUUGCCACCCCAGGGACUAUACAGUCCAUGGAAUUCUCCAGGCCAGAAUACUGGAGUGGGCAGCCUUUCCCUUCUUCAGGGGAUCUUCCCAACCCAGGGAUCGAACCAGGGUCUCCUGCAUUGCAGGCAGAUUCUUUACCAACUGAGCUAUUAUAUCAGGUACCAAAUGAGUGGUACAGACUGGUGGUUUUCAAACUGAAUACACAGAAGAAUCACUUGGGAGCCUUUUGAUGAGUACAGGCUACUCCCAGAUCUACUGAAUGAGUAUCUCUGGGGUGGAGAGAGUGGUGACAGGGACUCUGUAAUUUUUAACACGCUCCAGAUGGUGCUAAUGAAGUUGUUCUGGCCCCAGGUUGGGGUCUGGGGAUGGAGACUGGCUGGUGCCAUCGGAGGUCGCCAGAAGAGCGGAUCCCUGAGGUCUGAGUGAUUUGGGAAGACUUUCUGGAAAACGUGGGCCGUUUAGGGCAUAGAAGUUGAGCAAGGGACUUCCCUGGUGGUCUCGUGGUUAAGACUCUGCCCUUCCAACACAGGGGAUAUGGGUUUGAUCCCUGGUUGGGGAACUAAGCUCUCGCAUGCCAGGUGACACAGCCCCCGCCCCCAAUAAAGAAGAAGCUGAGUGUAAUACAGGUAUGUAGGGGCAAGAUAGGGUUUGGAAUUGUGAGCGUUUUGUCCUGGAAAAGAAAGAAACCAAGAGAUUAUGGGGACUCCGUGGGCUUCCUGGGAGAGAGUGAGGUGGGGAGUCACAGACCAGAAGAGGACUUGGGUGGGAGUGAGGGAGGGCUGUCCUAGGCUUGAUUUUUGUUUGCCCGUCAGUCACGGAAACGCUAUUAGAAUAAUCACAGACACAAGAGAGGGUAUUUACAAUAAAGAUGCCGGAGUGGUACCCAGAACCCAAGGGUGGGUUUGAGUCAGGCGCACAGGGAGCAGAACUCAGAGCUGAAGCGCCAGCAGAGCCCAGCGCCCAGCCCUCUCUGGGCCGCAGACGCCCUGCUCUCUAGGUCCCUGAGCGCGUCAGCUGUGUUCUCUCUGUGUCGACUGACUGUCCUGUUCAGCCGACCUGCCGAUCUCGUGGGUCUUGUGUGUGUAUGUCACCUCAGCUCUAGCCACCCACGGAGACCGUGUCUCUCAGCCACAAUUUAAAGUUUUUGAAAAAACAAACGAUUGCCCAAACUUAGGGAAAGUGUCCACCCCAGCCCACGGGGAUCAGAUCCCACGGCACAAACAUGAUGUCUGGCGCCCACCUCUGAGGUGAGGAGUCAGGUUGUCCUCAGAGAAAGAAGAGGGUCUUGGAAGACACCAUGAGAGAUGUCUGGCUCCAUCGCGCCCUCAUCUCUGUUGAUCUUUUACUUAAAAGUUAACUUGAUGCACCCUUGGAAAAGUGUUUCCCUGAUCUCUGUCCUAAUGUUUAAUAAAGUUGUUAAAAUUGUC